UAUGCACUCUAUGAUCCAGAGAUCGGGUACUGCCAAGGAAUGAGUGAUCUCUUGUCACCAAUAAUUGCAGUCAUGGAGGAAGAUCAUGAAGCAUUUUGGUGUUUUGUGGGUUUCAUGAGGAAAGCCAGACACAACUUUAGGCUUGACGAGGUUGGAAUAAGAAGGCAGCUGAAAACCGUCUCACAGAUAAUCAAGCGCAAGGAUUCACACCUCUAUAGGCACCUGCAGAAACUUCAGGCCGAAGACUGUUUCUUUCUGUACAGAAUGGUGGUGGUUCUCUUCAGGAGGGAGCUCACUUUUGAGCAGACUAUGUGUCUGUGGGAGGUUAUGUGGGCUGACCAGCACGCAAUUCGAGCUGGGAUUGGAAGGUCCACUUGGGCAAGGAUAAGGCUUCAUGCUCCGCCAACAGACGACUUGCUGCUCUAUGCUAUUGCAGCAUGUGUCUUGCAGAGGAGGAAGCUGAUAAUCGAAAAAUACAGCAGCAUGGAUGUACUGCGGGAGUGUAAUAGCAUG